AUGAAAGAGGAAGCAUUGCCGCAAAUUUAUGAUCUAACUUGGCUUUGUGACUUGGCAUCCCUGGUAGACAUUAAAGGACACUUAAACGACCUGAAAUUGAAGCGUAAAAAACAAGAGCAAUUGGGGAGAUCAAACCAGGAACAGGUUGUCGAUAGGGACGAGAGUUUUGGAGAUUUGAGAGAGGAGCUGGAUCGUACAGUAGGGAGUAAUGGGAAAGAAUUGGAAAGUGAAAGGCAGGGCGAGAGAGAAGGAGAAGGUAUUAGUAGUCAGGGACUGCAGAUUACACAAGUGAGAGAAGAGGUCAAGGAGCAAAAUAAGAAGUUACGGGCAGAAAUAGAGGAAAAAGGGGUUAAUAUUAGGUUGGAGAUAGGAAAAGAUGUGAAAGAAAAAGGUAGUGAGUUAAAAAGAAAUAUUGAGGAAGAUUUGCUAGGAGAGAUUCAAAUAGAGGUGACUAAACAGACUGAUAUGUUGAAUAGGCAAAUUGGGCACAUGAAGUUACAGGGACAGGUACAUGAAAAGGCCAUACUUAAUUGUAAAGAAAUUGUUGAUAAGGAGAUAGAAAAAUUAAACGGGAUAGUAGAGGAACAAUCAAUAAGUUAUACUAAAAGAUCUGAGAUAGGAGAAACAGAUUUUAGGAGGGGAAUAGAGGAGAUGAAUAGGAAAAUGCAAAACAGAACAGAGGACAUUUUAAGAAUAGAGGAAAAUUUAAGACAAAAUUCAACAGAAGGUUUAACUGUAGUACCCAACUACAUUGAUGGGGCAUUAAGUUUGAUGGAAAUAUAA